AUGGCAAGAGACUUCGCAUUAUUCCAUUACACUGUGUAUACACACAAAGCCGCCACUGUCGAUGCCAAAGAAGAGACCAAGAACAGCCAAUCAAGGAUUCUAAUUGUCGCUGGUCAUCUGUCGCCCUCUCAGGAUUUCACCACAGCCUCCGCCGGAGCCCUAUCAGUCCUAACCUCCAUCGGCGGCAUAAUCGGGUAUGCGCGAACCGGCUCCAUCCCCUCCAUCGCCGCCGGCCUCUCCGUCGGCGCACUCUACCUCCUGAGUCUACUACGACUACGAAACAACCAGCCCUACGGCGAGGAGCUUGGAUUGCUGGCCUCAACCGUGCUGGGCGGUGCCUCUGUCCCUCGUGCAAUUCGACUACGCAAACCUGUCCCCGUUGCACUCAGCGUGCUUGCGACGUACGGGCUGUUGGUUUUCGGGCUGGCGUUUAGGGAUAAGAGGGCCAGCCGGGUUUAG